AUGAAAAUUUUAGUGACAGGAACACCAGGAGUAGGAAAAACAACGUUCUGCACAAGAGUUUCUGAGGUAUUUGGAAUAAAGCACAUAGAUGUCAGCAAAUAUAUAGAGGAAAACAAAUUGUAUGAUGAGUACAGUGAAGAGUAUAAAUCGUUUGUAUUUGAUGAUCAAAAAGUUAGGAAUGCGCUUUUAUUGGAUCUUUGUGAAACAGAUUCGUAUAUUGUUGAUACUCACUGCUGUGAAGUGGCAAGUACACUGGACUUUGAUAUGAUUUUUGUUCUGACCUUGCCUAUUGAAAUAUUGUACAAGAGAUUGAAAGACAGAGGCUAUGACGAAUCUAAAAUCAAGGAGAAUGUCGAGUGUGAGAUAUUUGGUAUUUCAAAAGAGGAUGCAGAAUGUCUGUUUGAUGUGGAGAUGCAUGUGGUUGGCUCUGAGCACGAAGAGAUGAGUGUUGAUGAUGCAUUUAAAGUCAUAAAGAGCAAGAUCAAGAGUUUGAACAAUAAAUAA